UCCAACAGACAAGUAUCGCUCAUCGUCAUAUCCUACACUCAAGAACAUUCACGACACCGCACCCAAUAGCACCUUGGAAGAUGAUAUCCUUCGGUGUCGAAAACAAUCGUCAUUUCAUCAAACUAGAUAAAAUUUUCUUUGAUCGCUUAUAAUCUUCGGACGUUAUCGUUUCACACUGAUUCUGGCGAUGAGACAUUCCAUGGCUCGAAAAUGUGACAAGUUAUCGGGCAGUUAGUGAAACACAGACCACGAAGCGGACAAGUUGAAAGCCCAAUGGGGAACACAAAAAUCACAUGGGCUGUUACAGCCCUUCUAGUUCAUGUGGUAUCAGCCACCGGAGUUAAUCCUUUUAUAGUAGGAGGUGUCCCAGCGACCUUAGGGGAGUUUCCAGCGCAAGUAGGGAUUCACAUUGGCCCAACUGUAUUCUGUGGUGGUACCAUUCUGAACAGCAAUCAUAUUCUGACGGCCGGAAGUUGCGUUCUGGAUGGCCAAAACAACCUGAUCGCAGCCAAUCAGAUGCAGGUUCGAGCAGGAGUGAUCACAAUCGACGCAACCAACCCGACCACGCAAGUCGAUCGAGUUUUCGUCCAUCCACAUUACAAUCCUUUCACGUUUGAAAAUGACAUCGCCAUCCUGCGAACAACCACAGCGUUCACAUUUCCGGAAACUGCCCAACCUCACAUUGCUCCCGUGGAGUUGAACCACAAAAUUGUCCCGGAAAAUAGCGAAUGCGAAGUAGCCGGGUGGAACUGGCAGGCCGGAAGCACAACCACGGCACUUCAACGGUUGCUUGUUUCGAUCUACCCACGAGCAUAUUGCAACCAGGUUUACAACGGAAUGAUUCAGAGACAGAUGAUCUGCAGCACGACGGCCAGUCAGAACCAGGCCCUCUGUGUGGCGAAUCGCGGCGGUGGACUGUACUAUGGCCGCCAGUUAUCAGGAAUCGCUUCGUUCGGCUUUGGAUGCGGUGCGAAUAACACGGCGGUUUUCACCCAGAUUCGCUACUAUGAGCAGUGGAUCCAGCAGCAGUUUGCUCGCACGGACAAUCCUCCUCCAGGGCCCACUCCGAUGCCGGGAAUUGGCGGGGGAUCGACAAUGCUGAACCUAUCGAUGGUGGCCCUUCUUCUAGCAACAAUUAUCAUCACACUUGUACGAUAGUAUCCUAGAGCAUUGUCGAUAGAAUAAUAACUUAUAUCUGAUUUAAACAUAAUAUCCUAGUAAUCUAUUAGAAGUGCAAGUGCAUACAGAAUAAAGCGUGUGAAAAUAAAAAAAAGUAUCACCUCCUCGAUGAAAAAUAUAACAAAAUAAUUACACCAGUGCAUGUGACCCUUACAUAAAAUCAAUAAAUUUGUACCGU